GGAGGGAAACUCCGGGCCAGAGACAAAGGGGGGGAGCCGAGUGGGGAACAUCCGGGUCACUCACUGCCGCCUCAAUCCGGGACACGCGCGGGUGCUGCGGCCGCUCACGGGUUAAUGAUCCUUUCUAAAAAAUAGCUUCGUCUGGCAUGAAUUUAACUGCUAGCUUGAAGUUGAAAUCAUGUUUUAUGGUCAUCCAAGCAAAACUGACUUUGAAUAAAACUGGAAGGAAGGAUUUGAAAUACUGAGUGUCCCAGGAACUCAUUAAAACUCUUAAUCUGGAGUUCUUGACUUUGAGUUGAGGUGUCUGCUAAUUUUUGAUGAUGUAGGGACUCCAAAUAUGUCUGGCAUAGCCCUCAGCAGACUUGCACAGGAGAGAAAAGCCUGGAGAAAAGAUCAUCCUUUUGGAUUUGUAGCAGUACCUACAAAAAAUCCAGAUGGCACAAUGAAUCUAAUGAACUGGGAGUGUGCUAUUCCAGGAAAGAAAGGGAAGUCAGUUCUUCAGAAGAGAGGCUUUUCUCCUUAUGUUCCAAGUAAGAGGACAAGGCAGAUAUCUUUUGAGACACCAUGGGAAGGAGGCUUAUUUAAACUACGGAUGCUGUUCAAGGAUGACUACCCUUCUUCACCCCCAAAAUGUAAAUUUGAACCACCGUUAUUCCAUCCGAAUGUGUAUCCUUCAGGCACAGUGUGUCUCUCCAUCUUAGAGGAGGAUAAGGAUUGGAGGCCAGCAAUCACAAUUAAACAGAUCUUGUUAGGAAUACAAGAACUUCUAAAUGAACCAAAUAUUCAAGACCCAGCUCAAGCAGAGGCUUACACAAUUUACUGCCAAAACAGAGUGGAAUAUGAGAAGAGGGUUCGAGCACAAGCCAAGAAGUUUGCACCAUCAUAAGCAUCUGUCAUGCAGCAUCUUAAAAAGGAAGGGAUUGGUUUGGCAAGAACUUGUUUACAAAACUUUUGCAAAAUCUAAUGUUGCUAUGUACAAUUAAUAUCCACUUAGGGGAGGGGGUUGUAUGUGUGCCAUUUUCCAUAUUCGCCACUUGUAUACAGUUCUAAAUUUGCUGAAUUGCCCCCAGUUUUUUCAUACAGGGUCUCUUCCUUCAGUCUUUUGUAUUUUUGAUUGUUAUGUAAAACUUGCUUUUAUUUUAAUAUUGAUGUCAGUAUUUCAACUGCUGUAAAAUUAUAAACUUUUAUACUUCUAUAAAUUCACUAGUAUCUCUAGUUACUUUGCUAUCUGAUGCAGGCAUGCUUUAAAAUGUUUAGAACUAUAUUUAGCCUCUAGCUGGCUGUAUGAAAAAAAUCAUGCCCUCCACCCCCUUCCCUCCCUGAAUUUGUUUUUCUAUCUUUCAGAAACUAGGUUGUUAUUGCUUAAGAGCCUCUGAGAUCCAAAGUCAGCCAGCAUCUUUAUUCUGCAUCACUUCCUUUGUGUUUAUAUGGCGUUCUGUCUGUGUUGCUGUUUAGAGUAAAUAAACUGUUUAUAUAAA